CCACCAGGGGGCAAAGUUUUUUCACUUUGACUUCAUCUCUCUCAGCAGAAUACCCACUAACAAUCUUCAGUUUUCACUAUAAAAACAUUAGAAUCUUCACAAAUAUGGGAAUAAAUUAAUAAAUGGAGCCACAGCUUCCCUUCACAGCAGACUAAAGAACUGAUAUACAGACUUUUAAACAAAUGACAAAUCAGAUAGUAUGACCUUUCAUCAUGCUUCAACGCCCACCUUUCAAAAACCCCCCACACACAAACCUAACUAAACAUAUGCCUACACACACACACACACACACACACACAUAUGAACACAGUGAUAUAAAAGCAGACUUAAAAAUCUAAUCACUUCUGCUUUAAUUCUAUUUAUAAUAUUUAUUCUAAUUUUUAAAAAAUAAAUUAUAGAAGUGAGAAGGUGUUAGAGAUGUUCAUCUAAAUCCUGAAUGAUGUCAGAGUGAAAGACUAACAAAGUAUGAUGUUAAAUAUUUCAUGUGUUAAGCAGCUUCACAGUAUCAUUCAUAUAGGCCUUCAUAUGGGCAAAUGAAAAACAGAUAAGAUAUUCUGAAAUAAAUGAUCACAUGAAUUAAUACAAACAAAAUCUAACAUCAUCCUCAUGAUAUUAUGGAAUAAUCCAGUGUUGAUUUUUGUUAUGAAAUGUUAUUUUAUUCUGUGUAUUUUGAACUUUUAAACUAGAAAGAGGAAAGAAGCUAAAUAAAAUAACAUUUCAUAAAACUGAGGUGACUUUAAAUGAUUGUUUUUGAGUAUUUCACAAUUUCACGAUGUGUUAUCUGCAUCUAAUAUUUUUUUUUAUCAGUUCAUUCCAUAAAGUCUAAUUGGUGUAUUAAAUAAUUUGGGUCUCCAUGGGCUAAUAGAUGUAUAAAGGUUUAAUUCAGUGGUCUUAUUUCCUAUCAUAAACCUAAUGCCCCCGUGAUGAAUAAAUGAUACACUAUGUGAUUAUAAAUAUCUUGGCAUGCUGUAUUUCGUGGUCAUGUGAGGACCCUCUGCUGGAGGAAGUCCCGCCUCUUCUGACCACUAACGCUCCUCAUUGGUUACCACGCCAUGUCAAUCACACGAAUAACAGCCAUGUCUAGAUUAUGGGUCAGAUAGGAGACCAUCGGCUUGAAUCUGUUUGACUUCAGUGGAUUUAUUUCACCGCUGUAUCCUCGGAUCAUCUGCAUCAGAACAGACAGGUAUCCUCAGAGGGAGGGCGGAGGAGAAAACGGCUCCUCUGUCGCCUCGUCUGCGUCUUUUCUCCGCGGAGAAACAGGAUGGUGUUUAUAAUUAGACGCUGAAACAAUUGACGGCGCGUUUGUCGAAUCCUUAACAUAUUAAAAAAAAAAAGAAAAAAAAAGGGUGUUUCCACGACCAGGCUGUCAAACAUACAGAGGAGCAUAGAUGUGAUUCUUUUCCACUUUCCGGGCUGGCGUUUGAGAAAAGAAGAAGAAGAAGAAAAAAAGAAAAUCCAUCCAAAUGAUGUCAGGAAAGCAUUUCAAGGCUCAUGAAGUGAGCUGCUGCAUCAAGUAUUUCAUCUUCGGAUUCAACAUCAUAUUCUGGUUCCUUGGAGUGGCGUUCCUUGGCAUUGGGUUGUGGGCAUGGAGCGAGAAGGGCGUUCUCUCCAACAUCUCGUCCAUUACAGAUCUGGGGGGUUUCGACCCCGUCUGGCUCUUCCUGGUGGUGGGCGGUGUGAUGUUCAUCCUCGGAUUCGCAGGUUGCAUCGGAGCGCUGCGAGAAAACUCUUUCCUGCUCAAGUUUUUCUCUGUGUUCCUGGGAAUCAUCUUCUUCCUGGAGCUGACUGCAGGAGUCCUGGCCUUUGUCUUCAAAGACUGGAUCAAGGACCAGCUCAACUUUUUUAUUAACAACAACAUUCGGGCGUACAGGGACGACAUUGACUUGCAGAACCUGAUAGAUUUCACCCAGGAAUAUUGGGAGUGCUGUGGAGCUUUUGGAGCUGACGACUGGAAUUUGAACAUCUACUUCAACUGCACUGAUUCAAACCCGAGUCGAGAGAAGUGUGGAGUGCCCUUUUCCUGCUGCACCAAAGAUCCAGCGGAGGACGUCAUCAACACUCAGUGUGGAUACGACAUCCGAGCGAAAACGGACUCUGAGCAGCGAACUUUCAUCUACAUCAAAGGCUGCGUCCCUCAGUUUGAGAAGUGGCUUCAAGACAAUCUGACAGUGGUGGCAGGUAUAUUUAUUGGGAUUGCAUUACUACAGAUUUUUGGCAUCUGUUUAGCGCAGAAUCUCGUGAGCGACAUUGAAGCCGUGAGAGAGAGUUGUUUGUUUACCUAAGACCUCCACAGUGUCUCCAAAGGCAAGAAGGAUGUACUAGGACUCCGCAGUUUGGACACCGGCAAUGAAGGGAAAUAAUUAAUCAGCUAACGUGUCCAGAGCAGAGAGUCUCUUUCAGUAUGUACAUAAUAAAAUUUUAGAGUUAUUUUUAGAGUUAUUCGUGGCCCUGUUUUUGAAUGAGGCACAACCUCUGAAUGUACUGUAGCUCUCAUACAGUACAAAUGAAACAAAUGCAGUAUAGGCAGGUAUGAUGGUAAAGUGGCUCAGUGAUUUUGGGGGGGGGGUCACAACUAAUGGGGACGCAUGAAGGUAUAUUUGAUGUUUUCUCUGAGGUAGCACUUCAUUUAUAAAAGAGCCUUGGUUUUCUAUGUCUCACAGCUGCAGUUUUUAACACUGCAUGUAAGGGUUGUGUACAAAGCUGAAAUGAUUCUGGAAAUGCACUGCAUGCCUAUUGUCUACUGGUAGGACAUUGGCUCUCCUAACUGUAUUUCAUUAAUGUUAAGUAUUUUAAAAUAUUUGUAAAAUAGUCACUAGUUUAGAGUGAAUCGGCUGGUUAGCACCUUGUUGAAUGUUUAAUGAGAUCUACUUAAAGCUACGGAGAAUUACAUUUAAAUUUAUUUCCCAUCUGUGAGAUGAUCGCACUCAUAUCGUACAGAUGCAUACAGUUUGUGAGCAGAGUUUUGUGGAUAUAGCAGUAUCAUGUAGGGAGAUCGUGGAUGUAAUAGGUUUGUAAAUCUGCAGUUUGUGUGAGUUUGACAGAAAGAAACCAGAAGACGUGGCAUGUAAAUCAAAAAGAACUCAGCCUUAAGCACUUUAAUCUUCAUGUAAGAGUGACGAAGCUCGUUGCAGCCACUCAGCUUCGGUCGACUGUUAUUUUAGUCAAGCAGCAGCCACUGGAGGGGGCACUUACCUUAAGAAAAACGUACAAACUGCAUCUGUAACUUCAUGGUGCUCCAUAAUUGUCAGAUCUUAAGUUUGUCCAAAAGCAGCCUGACAGAAAAAAUGUUUCAACACACUUUUAAGUGUUGUGCAGUUCCUUGCACAUUAUCUUUAUUAUCAGUGUUUAUUCAUUCAUUUUCCUCUGUUUUGUUUUUUGUUUUUUUUUUUUUUGUUUUUUUGCUAAUGUGUUUUCUUCGAUGAAAUGAAUCUUUGUUGGUUGCAUUUGAGUUUUCCUGUUUUAAUCUGUAUGUUUUCACUGGAAAAUUAGGAUACAAGCUAUUUUCAAAGCUCAUAAUGAAUGGCAUGCUGAUACCUCUUGGUGGCACUUCACUGAACAUAGAAAUAAUUUAUAGCCUACAUACAUACUGUACUUGAAGUCAGAGCACACAGGCUCUCUCACCAGCAUUAUUUUCAAUGCAAACUUAGAAACUAAGAUACAGUUCAUAUGUGUUAAUGUCUAGACAUUAUCUGGAAGCAUAUGAUUUACAGCCAACCUUUACUAGAACAGCAUAGUAUAGAAGUAAAAGCAGCCAUUUCAUGUAAAGUCAAAGUGAUAAAUGUAUAAAGCUGCCACUGUGUCAAAUAUCUUUUUCCCACUAAAAGCUUCAUAUGACUCUUUCGUACCACUCAGUGCCAUACUUGUAAUUUCUACAUACUCCUGAUUAUAACUUUACUUUUGUUUCAUGUCUACUCCUGACUCUUGUAAAUACCUGGAUCACGACAAGUUGUAAAUAUAUAUCUUAAUAAAUGUGUUUCUUUGUAAA